AUGAGCGCGUCACCUUCUGGACUUUCUAACAAUCAAACUCCCACCCCCAAUGGCGGACCCCCGCCUGGCUUCGUGCGACAGAGCAAAGCCGCUGACCCUCUAAGACCGCGCAAAAAGCCCAUUAGACGACCCAAUCUCCCAAAAGGCGCCCUUCCACCGAAGCCCAAAGGUCCUGUAGCUCCUGCGCGCGGACAGUAUCCUGUCAACGGGUUGGCUGCUGGCCCCAUUGGUUCCCAACCGGCUCCUCCACCUGCAAGCGGUCUUCACAAUGGGUGGACGAACCCGCCAGAGGGCGAAACAAGAUACUUUCCACUGUACACCACGAAGAAAGCCCUACGUGAGGGACUGAGAUAUCAUGUAAUGCGAUUCAGCACGAAGAAAGAUGUUGAUCCGGCGAAUCAAGAGUCUGAGCAGCAGGAGCAAUUCAUAAGGCCCGUCACGCUACAUCGAAGAGACCCCAAACAACCAUCGCGAGCCGAAGCCGGUAAGGAGGAAGAGAUACCUGAUGUAGUCAUGGAUUCCAAAGAACGCGAGAAAUUGGAGAUAGCCAAGGCAGAAAAGGAUGCGAAAAGAGCUGCUGAUCUGGCCCAGAUCGCUCCCUCUGGCAACAAUGCGGCUGCGCAAGCAAAGAAGAAUCAUCCAUUUAGAAUGGAGAAAACCACGCAGGUAUACCGAUUGGACAAGACUGAGGACGAAAAGAAAGCUUCGGAUUUGAGAUAUGAGGAGGCAUUACCAUGGCACCUGGAAGACGCUGAAGGCAAACAAACAUGGGUUGGUAAUUAUGAGGCUGCCUUGUCAGACACCAAUGUCAUGUUUCUCAUCGAAGGAGAGAGAUUCUUGAUGGUACCUAUAGAGAAGUGGUAUAAAUUUACGGCAAAGAACAAAUUCGCGACGUUCACAAUCGAGGAAGCAGAGGCAAAAAUGGGCAAGAAAACGAGAGAGUCUCGCUGGGUGAUGAAAGACAAGCAAGAAGCGCUUUUGAAAGCCCCUCCGAUGCACCGACUUUAUACCGUGAAGUCGGAGAGUAAUACUGCGAAGAAUGCCAACAAGUCAGAAAUGCAGGAUAUGGAUGAUCUUGAUUUCGCCGAAGGUGAUUUAUUUCAGGAUGAUGAUGAGCAACCGACAGUAGAGCCCGAUAAUGACGAGGAAACCAAGGAAACUCAGGCCAAGAUUAAGCGCGAACAGCAGGCUGCGAAUAUCUUCGAUCAGGCGAACGAGGCCGAAGUGGAAAAAGAACUUGAAAAGGAGCUCUUAGAAAUGGAGGCCGAGAAGAAAAUCGGAAAGAAGACUCGCAAGGCGCUCACCAGACGGGAGAGAAACUUGAUUUAUGAGAGUGAUUCUGACCACCCGUACUCGGAUACCAGCGAGGAUGACACAUCAGAUGAGGAAAAGCAGAACGAGAUAGACAGAAGGAAGGAUGAGGAAGCAAAGAACAAGCUCAAGGUCGAAUCAAAGGUUCCAUCUGGAGCCUCUUCCAAAGGAACAAACACACCUUCUGGCCGUCCAAAACACACUGAUGCCUUGAAGAAGCACAAGAAUGGUCUCAAGAGGUCAGGAUCGCCUAAUCUGUCUGAGUCUUCUGGUAACGAGUCUUCCCGGAAGAAGCAGAAGAAGCAUGCAUCAUCUCGCCCGUCUGGCACUAGUACUCCAAUCCCUGGAUCCCGACCAAUGUCACCUAUGCCUACUUCGCAAGCCGGCCAGGGUCGCAAAUCAUCUAUGGUCAAACUUAAUGUCAACUCUACAAAGGUCACUGAUAUUCACUCUGCGCCACCUAAUCCAAGUCCUACUGGAGGCCCUAUGAGUGAUGCUGAAGCUACCGGAGGAGAGAUGUCUGACGGUGGUAAGAAGAAGAAGUUGAAGCUUCGUCUUGGAGGUACACCUUCAGGUUCACGAGCGGGAAGUCCGGAGAUUCGGGCUGGUGGUACUGGGAGUCGUGCCGGUAGCCCACAAGCACCAGCUCCUGCAAGCUCACCACGUGGACCUAUAUCCGUCGGCGAAAUUGCAGCCGAACUUCCACCAGAAGGUAUUUCCAUCAAGGAGUUGAUGGCUAAAUUCGGAGGACGAGUUGGUGAUGGACCUGGAAAGACCCAAAAGAACGAGUUCAUUAGACUCGUCAAAGAGUGUGCUGCGUUCGGCAAGGAUAAAUUGCUCCGUCGCAAGUAG